AUGACGGUUUCAAUCUCAGAGGUCAAGGCUUCGAACAGCCGAAUCUCUCGAGAUACAGCGCCACAAAUCGCAGUUUUCACCGGAGGAACGGACGGAAUUGGGAAGGCAUCACUCGCUCGUCUGGUCUCAACAAAGCUUUCAAUUAGAAUUUACGUCAUUGGCCGUAACGGGGAGAAGCAUAAGCCUUUCCUGGAUCAGCUCCGGGCAUCUAACGGGAACGCGGACAUUAUCUGGCUUGAGGGCCAGGUCUCACUGCUUGCCGAUACCAAGAGGCUUUGUGAAACCAUUAAAGAGCGUGAAAAGAGCCUUGAUAUUCUGUAUACAAGUCCUGGUUUUCUCACCAGAGGGGAACGAACCGAAACCUCCGAGGGUCUUCCUAUGACGUUGGCAUUGAGUUUCUACAACCGGCUGUCGAUGAUGAUCCAACUCCUUCCUUUGCUCAACGCAUCUACAAACAACCCGCGUGUCGUCAAUGUGCUCGCUGCGGGCACCGAGAGUUCCUCUCUCCCGCUGGAUGAUCUAGAACUCAAGAAACCGGGAAACUUCAGCCUCAUGAACUCUUCUAGAACAUCAGUAGCCUCUACAACACUGUCGAUGCUGAGACUGGCUAAAGAAAAUCCCCACGUUACCUUUCUUCAUCACUACCCUGGCGGUGUGAAUACGGGGCUUUUUGAAAAAGCUUUCGGGGACAAGUGGUUCUUUGGAGCUGCUAGCUUGAUUCUCUCUCUAGCAGCAACAACACCAGAGGAUGCUGGGGAGAAAGUCGUGUACCUUAUGACGAGCGCAAAAUACGGCGGUCAAGGCGUCCCGCUUGGCGCCAAAGUGAAACCGGGGCUUACCAUGGAUAAAGCCCGACAGGGAGGCUCCUUGUUUUUAGUCAACGAUAAGCUUCAUGAGCUGCAACAGGAAAAAGUGAUGGCGGAGCUCGACAGGCUGAAUGCAGGGGAAAUCAUCUGGGGAAAGUUGCAAGAGAGGAUGGCGCAGUUCUCGUAA